ACACCCUUAUAUAAUAUUAAUAGAGUUGUAAAUUGUAAUAAGCAAACUUUAGGGACUAAAGUGUAACAUUUUCUAUAAAAUUGGGUAACUAAUAUAAAUUGUGGAGCUUUAUAUAUGAUAGUCCAACUCCUUACAGAGCCAAAAACCCUAGACGAGUCGGCUAAAGAUGCAGAUCUUCGUGAAAACCCUAACUGGGAAGACCAUCACCCUUGAGGUCGAGUCUAGCGACACCAUCGACAAUGUCAAGGCUAAGAUUCAGGACAAGGAAGGUAUCCCUCCGGACCAGCAGAGGUUGAUCUUCGCCGGAAAGCAGCUUGAAGAUGGUCGCACUCUUGCUGAUUACAACAUCCAGAAAGAGUCCACAUUGCAUUUGGUUCUGAGGCUCCGUGGUGGAAUCAUUGAGCCAUCUCUUAUGGCAUUGGCCAGGAAAUACAACCAGGAAAAGAUGAUUUGCCGCAAGUGCUAUGCCCGUCUCCACCCUCGUGCUGUUAAUUGCAGAAAGAAGAAGUGUGGACACAGCAACCAGUUGAGGCCAAAGAAGAAGAUCAAGUAGAUUUUCAUUCCUACCUUAAGGUGCUGCUUCUGCAGUUUCCUAUUAGAACAUUAAUUUUGUUUUUGCUGUUUUGGACAACAUUGCUCUACUGGGAAAACUUAUUUCCUGUAUUUCUUUGUACUUUGGAAUUUUGGUUAUUAAGAUGUUGAGUUCGACCUAUUAUUUGGUUUUACUUAUAACUAUUCUCUAAUACAUUUAUACGGUUAUGUUCUUGCUA